CCCUAUGUCACUUCCGUUUUAAACUGGAGGUAAAGGACGGAUUUCAUUACGUUCGUGUUCUACAAGUUUACCAACUAAAUGUUUCAAGAACAGAUAAGAGGGAAAGAUAAUAGAUAACUGGGACGUGAGAGAACGACUAAAGUUGGAAAUCAGAUAACGAUACAUUAAAAACACAAACUAUAGUGGAUGAAUGAAUUAUCUCUCAUAAAAAGCACAUUACAUUCUAUUGUGUAGCGGGAUAUUAAGAACACCCAUUCGAAGAUUAUUUUGCUUGAAUAAAUAUAUUGAGAUAAAGAUAUCACUGUUAAAAUUUACUAAAUAGCAUUUUCACAGUAUUUAGUCAUACUGUUUAAUAACUGUUAAGUUUCUUCGUGAUGGCUUCUGAAAAGACACAGCUUAAAGAAGAGAAGGUCGCUAUUAUAGGGAGUGGUUUUAUUGGCUGCAGUUGGGCAAUGCUGUUUGCUGCUUCUGGCUAUAAAGUUUCUAUGUUUGAUGUCAAUCCUGAUCAAGUGGCUAAUGCUUUGGAAAAUAUCCUGUCUCAGCUAAAAAAUCUAGAUAAAUUGGGCCUUUUACGUGGCACUCUAUCAGUUGAAGAGCAAUAUCAACGCAUAUCAAAGACUGUGACUUUAGAAAGUUGCGUUAUUGGUGCUGUUUAUGUUCAGGAAUCUGUUCCAGAAAACCUUGAACUAAAAAAAGAAGUACUAAAAUCCAUAGAUUUAUAUCUUUCCAAUGAAGCACUACUAGCCAGUUCUUCCAGCUGCAUUGUUCCAUCAAAGUUAUCUGAAGAGCUUAAGCACCGGAAUCAAAUGUUUAUUGCUCAUCCUGUAAAUCCACCUUUCUUUGCUCCUGCAGUUGAACUUGUUCCUGCUCCAUGGACUGACAGUAAAAUCAUGAAUAAGGCAGAGAAAAUUAUGAAUGAAAUUGGCCAGGUACCAAUACAACUGAAAAAAGAGUGUGAUGGCUUUCUUAUCAACAGAAUCCAGUAUGCUAUUUUGCAGGCAUCAUGGCAACUUAUAAAAGAAGAUAUUGUUUCUGUUGAGAGUCUUGACAAAGUUAUGUCUGAAGGUCUAGGUUUUCGCUAUGCUUUCAUUGGUCCAUGGGAAACUGCUUACUUAAAUGCUAAUGGGAUGCUGGAUUAUGCUGAACGAUAUGCUGAUACAAUUUACUGUGUGCAAAAAACCUUUUCUCCACCAGAAAAAAUUGAAGGGCCUAUUCUGGAACGUAUUCAGAGGGAGCUCUCAGCCAAAGUGCCAAUGUCAGAUUUGGAUAAACGCCGUAAAUGGAGAGACAGUCAUAUGGCAGGCUUAGCCAAACUGAAGAAAAAUAUGAGUUCUGAAUUUUCAACUAUAUAGUUCUUGUUUAAACUAUCAACACCUCUUUAACAGAGUUUUCUACACUACACAGUACAAAGAAACAUUCUCUUUUUUCUUUUUUCUAUUUUUUCUAUUUUUAAUUGAUAAAUUAUCUUUUUAAUCACUUAACUUGCCAUAAUGGAAACAUUUAGCAAAGAAUUUCUUCUUUAUUUUCCUUUGAAACAAAUAUUUUUCUAUUAUCCCUUACUUGGAUGUCACACUUUCAUGGAAGUAGGAAGUCAAUCAAACAUCCCAACGUAUUACCAUUACUUAUUUUAUCAAUUCUCUAAGGUUAUAAGACAAAGUUAACUUUGAUAGUAUCUGAAACUAGUACAUAAAAGGAUGUUACUGAAUAUAAUAAAGCAGUUUGCCUAGUA